CAAAUUUGGCAAAACAACCGAUGGCCACACUGAAGUGUAUUUUUGUUUGUUAUUCAAUUGAGUUACUUGCAACACAAAAAUUCAACAAAAAAAUUAGGUGGACAAUCUCCAGGCCGCCGCUAUUUGCAUAGAAAACCCAUCUAUCAUGGCGGAGGAGUCGGUUCCUGAGAUCCUCCAGCUAAACGACGACUGCCUAGAGGAGAUCUUUGACCGGCUGCAGGACCUCCACUCAGAAGUUGCCUUUUCGCAGACCUGUCAGAGGAUGCAGCAUAUCUGCUUGUCCAAAUGGCGAAUUAGCCGGGCCUAUGAACAGCUGGAUCUGGACAAGUGGCGGGAAAUGCUCCCGAACUACGAGGAUCUCGUGUACUUUCUGGCACAAAUGCGACCCUACCUCAAGGAAAUGUGUGCCAGCAGCUGUCUGUGCGCGUUGCUCAAGGACCUGGACGAAAUGCAAAUCACGGUGUUACCCCGAGUGACCAGUUUCUACUACGACCCCGAGGACGUUGAUUGCUACCCUUCGAACCGGAGUAUUCGCAAACUGUCCGAACUUCUACCGGGACUCCAAAAGCUGCGCCUUACCACUCCAAUCGAUGGCAGAUUUCUAUCGCACUUCGAGCAUCUGCAAGAGCUUCAUCUGUAUGAAGAUCAGCACAAGGCUUAUGAGUUGCAGCAAGAAUACCUCGACGAGAUUUGCCAAAAGCUACACGACCUGAAAGUUUUAGACAUCCGCACAUACGAUGUCAUAAGCAAGCUACAGUUGGGAAACUGUCUUCAGAGCCUCCGAAAUCUUACCGUGCUUAAACUGAACCUGGCAACAUUAAAGCCCGUCCUGCCGGCUGUCCUGGAGCUACCCUCCCUGAGGCAACUGGUGGUACUCCUCGACAACGAGUGGCACAUCCCGCCACUGGUCAGCCCCGAUAGCUACGACCACAAGAUUCGCGAAGUAGGGGAGUUCUACGAUAUUAUGGAGCGUAAGGCCAAAGACAUAGUGGGCUUUGCGGUAGACGGCUAUUACAUGCCGUUGGAACCGGGAUGGGAUGCGGAGUUGCCCAUUUGGGCGCAUAGAAAAUUAAAGCGGCUGGCCAUCUGCAGCUGGAGUCAUGCGGCCGACUACUUAGAGCGCUACACUUGCAUGGAGAACCUCCGCCUACUUUGCCUGCGCAACUGGAACGAGCUGAGCGAUGAUAUUCUGCUGCGGUUUGUCGAAUUGUGCCCGCACCUUGAGCACCUGGACGUAUCUUACUGUCGUGAGCUUACUCCAAACUUUUUGCCCCGUGCCUUGGAAAUACUUAAACAGCGAGAACCGCGAAAACCGAUGCCCGGAUAUCGACAUACGGCACCUCUAUUGCUGUACUACGUCCUCAGUGGUUUUGAAGACUUUAUAGAUAAAACGAAUCUCAAGAGUUCGCCGGAUUAUCGGGGAUACAUAGUAUUCACGGCCGAUUUUCCCUUUGGCUCGGAGCGGGGACUUAGCUUUGUAGAUCGCGGCUAUCAAUUUGAAUUUGACUGCCCUUGAAAUUGUACAUAUGUAGUAGUAAUAUUUAUUAUUAAAGAUAAUGUUGCCUAAA